GCGCUGCGUGCGGGGUGCGGAGGAGCGGCCGCCGCUGCCGGGCGCCGCCGCUGUCCCCGCUCGGCGCCGGCCGCGCUCCGCUGCGCCAUGAAGGCGAUCGUGCAGCGGGUGGCCCAGGCCAGCGUCACAGUGGGUGGUGAACAAAUCAGUUCAAUAGGACGAGGCCUCUGUGUGCUGCUGGGCAUUUCUUUGGAAGAUACACAAAGAGAGCUGGAGCACAUGGUUCGAAAGAUCUUGAACUUGCGAGUCUUCGAAGAUGAAAGUGGGAAGCACUGGUCCAAAAGUGUGAUGGAUAAACAGUACGAAGUGUUGUGUGUGAGCCAGUUUACUCUCCAGUGCAUCCUGAAGGGAAACAAGCCUGACUAUCACAUGGCAAUGCCCACGGAGCAGGCGGAGUCUUUUUAUAACAACUUCCUAGAGCAGCUAAGAAAAGCCUACAAACCAGAGCUUAUUAAAGAUGGCAAGUUUGGUGCCUACAUGCAGGUCCACAUCCAGAACGAUGGGCCUGUAACAAUAGAACUGGAGUCCCCCGCAGCCACUGUUGAUCCUAAACAACUGACAAAACUUGAAAAACAGCAACAAAGAAAAGAGAAGACCCGAACCAAGGUGCCCUCUGAGUCAAGUAGAGAAAGAAAUGCCCCCCGAAGCAAGGAUGACCCCAGUGCCAGCAGCGGAGCAGAAGGAGACGUGUCCUCAGAACGAGAGCCUUAGCUCAUCCAAGGCAGUGCUCAGUUUCUUACACAAAAGCUACACUGAAUUCUUGAAGAAAGACCCAACACCCGCCUCAACAACACUCUUCAACAACUUUGGAAAAGGAUGGAAAACGGGAAAGCAGAGCUGAGACAUUAGACACCUAUCAUUCUGUAUUGAGCCAACCAAAGCAAUGCUAUCAGAUUCAGUUGUUAAUGUGUAGUGUCAGUAGUGAAAAGGACUUGUGACAUUUCUUUGUAUGCGUUCUCACACGACUGCUGAGUAAAGGGUGACUGUAGGCAGAUUGUAGCAGAACAUUUCACUCUCAGUGCAUAAGCUCCAUUUAAAGAAUAAAUCAGGGUUUUUCCUUAAACUUACACUUGAAUUCUGAAAAUUCUCUGAGCAGGCUUGUGUAUUGAUUCUCACUCCGUGGUGUCAUGUGCUACCUGUUUCCAUUGCAGUGUGCAGACCUGUGCAUAUUUUGGUAAAUUGUUAGCUGCUGCCUGACAUCAGGUCAGGCAGCCCAGUCUUUCUGCAUGGAUUAAGUUAUUACAAGGGAUGAUCUAGUUGUUUAUCAUGUGGAACACAUCUGUCUUGUAAACUUUUUUAAAACCAGAAAAGACUUUAUUAAACAAAUGAUGCCAGCUGA